CAAAUAUCAGCUGAUUUCCGAAACGAUCCGCGUUGAGGGGAUUCCGGACAAGAAUUUCUUGGUUGAACCGAUAGUGAACAAACAUCUGUCCCGGUAAACGUAAACUCUAAUGAAGUGAUUAAGUGAAUACAUCGAUGUUAUAAUAACCCCUGAACAGCAGAGAGUCCUGGUACAUCCAAACUAAUGGACUGUGAAACAAAAUAACAGAAGACGCAAAAACAGUGCCAGCGGUAGCGAAGCAAACCUACCUUCAAAGCAACAUUGCAACAAAUUUCACGUAAUUCCAACCAGGAAUGAAUAACAACACUGAACCCAAUACACAAGAAAAAAUCCUCCUCUGGCUGAGAAGUACUACAUCAGAAGACACCUGAAGGUCUUACAAAGAUUAAGAAAAUAGAUAUCAUUAUACAAGGAACUAACUGAUAAGUAACACAAGAAAACCUUCAAACAACAGAAAGAAGAUUUCAGGAAACAAGAUCUAGGGAAUAUAGACAUAAAAAGUCUUAAACCCUAUGAUAGAAUAAAGAAGAGGAGAUUCCUUAUGAACGCCAUUAAAGGAAAAGAGAAAGAAAGAAGGAGGGAUAAAUUAUUUCUUAUGAAAACAUAUGAUAUCUAAUAAAAGUAGUGCUUGCUCUAAUUGACUAUUGGUUUUAGUGCUAGAAAUAAUGUUUAUAGCAUUGUACUGCAACUGCUUGUGGAUGCAAAAAAUUGAAACUGAUUAGUUUAUUGAGUUAGAAGAGCAGAUAGCUGUUUCAUUCAUAAAAGUGACUGUACAAGAAAGAAGUUAACUCAGAAAUCCUUUAUCAUUAACUCUGCUUGUGAACUCGAACCUGCUGAGGAAGUGAAAUUACAACUGUAAAAGUAAAAGAAACAUGGAAGAAUACUCAAGAACCAAUAUGUUUCCAUUACACAAUGCUGUUGCCUCAAGAAACUUUAAUGAAGUUCAGCGUCUACUGGCAGAUGGACAUGAUGUUAAUGAACUACAUUAUGACCGUGUCACACCACUUCACAUGGCAUGCUUGUCAGGAGAUUUGAAGACUACACAAUACCUUCUAGACAGGGGUGCAUGGGUUGAUGCACAGAGCAUAGACAACAGUACUCCCCUCUGUGAUGCAUGUGCUGGUGGCAGCCUAGAAUGUGUAAAGCUGUUGUUACAACAAGGUGCCUCAGUUAACCCGCCAUUACUGCUUUCUACACCUCUACAUGAAGCAGCACUGAGAGGACACACACAGAUUGUUGCACUGCUCAUUCAAGAGGGUGCCAGGUUGAAUUGUAAUGACCUUCACUAUGGAACACCGCUGCAUGCUGCUUGUUCGAUGCAGAGACCAUCCAUAAGCUGUAUUCACCAUUUGCUGAAAUCGGGUGCUUCUGUGAAUGCACUCAAGAACCACAAGACCCCACUCCACCUUAUUGCUAUGAAUAGCAAGAGUGAAGCAGCAACUGAACUGUUAAUAGCAUAUGGAGCUAAUGUGUACCUUAAAGAUUGCUCAGGCUGUACUCCACGAAAUCUUGCUGGGCCAAAUACUUCAAUGGAAGCCAUUCUUUCUGCAUUUGAAAGAGACCCAAGGCCACUGACACAAUGGUGUAGAUUAGCCAUCAGAUCACAGCUCGGCCCAAGAGGCAUUAAGCUGAUUGACCAAUUAGAAGCACCUACAAUUCUUACCAGAUUUCUUCAGUAAAAAAUAAUAAAGCAUAUCAUAUUUCAUAUUUAUGACAUGUGAAAAUAUAUUUUAUGAUUUCUAAUAUAUUUAAUUUCAAAUGUAACUUAUCUCAUAUUUCUGGCAUUUUGUGUUGAAGGGAAACAUGAGUCCCGUCAACCUAACAUAUUGUGUGUGUGUGUGAACCCUGUGUCCCCAGUUGUGUGAAAUUGAUAAGAGGGUUGAAAGAGGAAGCAUCAUUGCCUGGUGCUCCUCUUCAUAGUAUUAAGAAAUUUCUUCACUUUAAACUUGACAUUCAAAAUUAUCAGGAUAAAGAUAGAGAGAUUAGAAUUUUGAAUUGGCCCGAAAGCAUCCAGUAAGAAAAGACCACAGGAUUUAAAGAACCCGGAUCUAUGUGAUAGGUAAAGUUGAUCUAUGUGUAAGGGAUAGUGGAUCUAUGUGACAGGGAUAGUGGAUCUAUUGAUAUGAAUGUUACAAGUAGACAGAUGGCAUUAUUUGCAGUUAAUUUUCUUUUUGUUUAAAUCUUGUAGGAAAUAUUUCAGAAGCAAUGUUAAAUGAUUCAGAAGUAUUUUCACAGCAGGAUGUUAGGAAAAGCAAAAACAAAAGAAACAUGUUUAUUUAGAAAAGUAUUCCUUUAAUGACAGUUCCAUUGGUUGAAAAUUUGUUAGAAAGUCCUGUGAGUUCUAGAAAAAGACUUGAGGAAAGCGUAUAUUGCUAAAGAGGCAGCCGAAGCCUCAAGAACAUUACUUUUAAUGGAUCCACUGGCUAAAGAUCAUUGGGGCACAGUGGACACAGUGUAACACAAAAUUAAAGAUGCAAAGGAUCCAGUAAGUAAUUAUGAAAGACAAAAAAGUAUUUCUCUCACAAGAGUCAUAGGUCUCUAAAAUUCCAUGGUUCAAACAAAUAUACUUAAUUUAAGCGAGAUAAGCAAUUUACAGAAAGAUCACAGUGGACAGAUUGGUCAAAUUACCAUUUUCAAAUGACAACUGCAGCAUGUGCGUUUGACUGUAUCAAGGGGCAUUUAUGGCGUCGGUCGAUAUGAAGAAUAUAUUGGCACAUUCCAUUAUAUCGGAGGUUCAAAUAUACAGAUUCAAGGUCCUUCCUUUUGGCCUAAGCAUAACUUAGUACCAGUUCACACACAUCCAACUUCACUAGGAUUCAACUUUCUUUUUUUAUUUGGACAAUUGACUGAUUAUAGCAAAUUCAGUAGAGGACUGCAAAGGAAUGAUAGGGAAUAUAUUGGCACAUUCCAUUAUAUCGGAGGUUCAGAAAGUUCCUAGUUUUCCCAGUAAAUUCUCAAAUUUACAGAUUCAAGUUCCUUCCUUUUAGCCUAAGCAUAACCAGUUCACACACAUCCAACUUCACUAGGAUUCAACUUUUUUUUUUUUUUUUUUUUUUUGGACAAUUGGCUGAUUAUAGCAAAUUCAGUAGAGGACUGAACGUAGGCUCAGAGAUGGGUUUUCCUUUUAAUCUAAAAAAAAUCGGAAUUGCCUCCAACAAGAAUGUUGUCAUGAUUGGGUCUGGAAUGGAACUCGAAAGAUCAAAGUUACUGUCAAAAGAUAAUUGAAAGAAAGUUUGGGAAAAAGUUUCCGGGUCCAUCCAUACAAAGAGAAUGUCUCAAAGACGAUGGGAAAGCCUAAUUGGAUCCCUAAACUAUACAUCAGAGAUAGUGAAUCAAGGUCGUUUGCAUCUGAGGAGACAUAUCCUGGAAGGCAGAGCUUUGUUCUCAGCAAGGGACAAAGAUCAGAUUGACUUGUUUCCCCGAUGUUUAAACCUCUCAGAUGGUGGUUACAAGAUUGUCUACAUUCACUAAUACUUUGGGGUCUUCCAAAUCCAUCCUUAAUAAUCAUGACAGAUGCCUCAGAUUCGGGCUGGGGAUUCAAGACCUCAGAAUGGAAUCAAGGAUUUGGCAGAUGAACAAACCAAUGGUUAAAGAAAUAUAUAAACAUUAGAGAGUUAUAAAUAGUAAUAGUAAAAAUACAUCUGAAAAAUAUUCCUUAAGUAAUAAAUCAAACAAUUCACAUAUUGUCGGACAUACUGGCAAUACAUUGUAUCGGUCAUCAGGAUUCAUCCUGAACUCGCUCUUCUUCGAGUAUCGGAGUCUUUCCUAGAGUUGGCUUAUUGGGAAGGCUGUCAUCUUAAGGCAUCUCAUCUCACAAGAAAAGAAAACUUUUGGGCAGAAGCACUGUUCCGCAACGAACCAUUGGCAGUAAACUGGUCACUUAUAAACCAUGUGUUCCAGGACAUUGUGGGUCGAUAUGGUCACCCAGAAAUAGACGAAGUUGUUUAUCACCAGGUCCUAACCCACAAUAGCAGGGGGAUCAGACACAUUUAUGGUAGACUAGAACAGAAUAGGAGUAUAUUUACCUCUUCCCUCCACCACUAACAAAGAUAAUGCUCCAGGUGGUGUACUACCUAAAGACUUUCCAAUGUCAGGUAAUGCUAAUAGCUCCCCUAUGUAGAACCCAAUCUUGGGCCACAACACUCCACAACUGGUGUCCACACUCAAUUCCAUUGGGGAACAAGGUGACAGACUAUGGAUAGAUUCAAGCAAUAACAAACUCUGUAAUGCUUUGGACUUGUCUAAGAUUAUAUGCCGGGAAAUUGAAGAAGUGGUUCCUAAUUCAGUUUUUAAAGGUAAAUCGGGUCAGAAUCUGUCUUCAUUCCUAGCAUUUAUAAGAUCAUUUGCUUUAACUACAGUGCAAAAUCUGCGGUGGAUUCUUUUGUGAAUAGAUAUUGCACUAUGUAUAUACCAAAUACUCCAUGUGUUGCAAUGACCACACAUAAGUAUUAAGCUAAAAUGGAUUGGUUUGUAUUAAGUAAUACGGAAAAAGUGUAUAAUUGAAUAAAAGUUGGAGGGUAUAAA